UCUCUCUCUCUCUCUCUCUCUCUCUUUAUACGCUUCGCGAGAGCAGUAGAGCUGGAGAGAGACAGAAUACUCCUCUCUCUCCAGGAAAGCUCCUCUCGUGUCUAAAUGACUUGGAAUAGCGGGGGCUUCUUGCGCUGAAGGGUUUGGAUAUCUGUUGCGUUUAAAUGUGUAUGGUCAUUUUUGCUCCGCUUUUUGCAAUCUUUGCUUUCGCGACAUGUGGAGGCUACUCGGGUCAGCUGCGGGUUAGGGUGGACUGUGAAAAUAAGCCUGACAGCAACCUCAGCAUCAACAUUGACUUUGCUUAUCCAUUCAGGUUGAAUCAGGUGUACGUUGACGUGCCCACCUGUAAGGGGAGGAGCCAGGAGCGUCUCUUCCUGGUCGGGGAUUUCUCUUCUUCCGCUGAGUUCUUCGUCACCAUCGCCGUCUUUGCCUUCCUGUACUCACUGCUGGCCACCGUGGUCUACAUCUUCUUUCAGAACAUGUACCGCGAGAACAACCGUGGACCCUUUAUAGACUUCAUAGUGACGGUGGUGUUCUCCUUCAUGUGGCUGGUGAGUUCCUCCGCCUGGGCGAAAGGCCUGUCGGACGUGAAGGUGGCCACGGAUCCAGAAGAAGUGAUUCUGCUGAUAUCUGCCUGUAAGGUCCAGACCAACAAGUGCAGCUCUGUGUACGGACCCAUCUGGUCAGGCCUCAACACCUCUGUGGUGUUUGGCUACCUGAACUUUGUCCUGUGGGCUGGAAACAUCUGGUUCGUGUUUAAAGAGACUGGCUGGCACAAGGGCGGAGCUGCUCGGUACCCGACAUCCGCUCCGGAGAAACAGGCCGCUGCAUUCAACCAGCAGUCCUACAAUCAGGGCACCUUCGACCAAUCAGGAGGAGGCUUCAGCGGGUCAGGAGACCUCGGCCAGACGGAGUACAGUCAGGUGGGAACUUACACCUCGAGUGGACCCACCUCCUACUGACCAGCCACGACUUUGUCUUCCUAUCACAUGUGACCUACGCUCUUAAAAAUGAAGAUCUUCUUCCUGAAGCAUCUCUGGUUCUUUAAGGAACCUUUCAGUGGAGGGUUCUUUAAAUAACCAUUUUUGUAAAUGAGAUAGAUGGUCUAUACCAAUGACUGUAGAAAACAUGGGAAGCUGUGGUUCCAUUCCUUUUUGUUCUGUAGAUAGAAACGAGGGCAAAGUUGUCCGCCAUGUUGUCAAAUUUGAAAGCAGAGGCUCCAAGUGUCUCAGACUGCCUUCAUUGAGUUUACAGUGCAGCCUAAAGGACCAUAAGCAAAGUGCCCAGAUUAUCCAGUAAUGUUCCAUCAGCAAAGGUACUGUUUAUACGAGUUACACUAAAACUCAGCGCUUUAUUUUAAAGACCUUUAACUGUCUGUGUUUUAUCCAUUCAUUGGUCUCUACUAAUUUAAUUGAUUUCUUAGAAUCUUACUUAUUUUUAAGAGCGUACUCACAUGGGGCAAUGCAUUCUAAGGGCAAAACUUAGGUGUAAAGAGAGUGAUGAUGACUUGUGUAACUUUACAAUCAGAUAAUAAUUGUGUUACUUGUAUUUAUUAAAAUAUGACGAUGGCAAAGGGUACAGAAAAAUGUUUGUUAUUUACUGCAGGGAUACAAAACUCAUAUCUGCAUAUAGAUGUACAAUUUUUGUUAUUUCGACGCACAAAAAUGUCGACAUGACAUUUCUUUCCAAACAAGAAUCACUGGUACAAACGGAAUACAAGCGGAAUACAAGCGUAAAAAUAUUAAGUGUUGUUGUUAUACAGUACUGUGCAGUGGUUUUAGGCACCUGGAUGUGUUCAAUUCCAUCAGCAGCUCACCUGAUUAAACAUUAAAAAAUAAAUUAAAUAUUUGCUAAUAUAAUUAAAGUUUUUUGCAUUUAUUGUAAUUAGUGCUGUUCUGAUCCAGUUUUGCCCUCAUUUCGAUCUGAUUCUCUUAAGGCCACUCAUUAGCCACUUAUUAGGACUCGACACACCAGGAGGGUGAAGGCUAGCACAUGCCUCCUCCGAUACAUGUGAAGUCAGCCACCACCUCUUUUUAAACUGCUGCUGAUGCAGCAUUACCGAGUAGCAUCACAGCGCACUCGGAGGAAAGCAAAGCGCCUCGGUUCUGAUACAUCAGCUCACAGACGCAGCCUUGUGCUGAUCGACAUCACCCUUUAGAGUGAUGUGGGGAGAGAGCACCAUCUACUCACCCAGAGAGAGCAAGGCCAAUUGUGCUCGGGGGUAGCCGAUGGCAAGCUGCAUGAACAGGAUUCGAAAGGGAUCUGAUCUAAUCAGUUUUUAAUAGGAAUGUCCCUAUCAGGUGGUUUUGCUCUUGGAUCUAAUUUGAAUCCCACAAUGCUAAGUAUUAGUUUUGAAAAAGGACAAUUAUUUCCACACUGCAGACUUAAUGACGCCUUGAAGAUACCAAAACACUGUGGUUAAAACAAAGACUCCCAACUGGAUUGGGAUUAAAAUGGCCAAUACCUGAUCCAGUAAAGUAAAUGCCUUGAUCAAAAUAGGACAUCCUUAAUUUUAAUAUUAGUGUUUUACUAAGUAAAUAAAUGCUUGAAGCCCAGAUUAUCAGCUUUUUAUUCUAUUUUUUACAGGUGGCUAAAACUCUGCACAGUAUUGUACUAGAUCGUGAUACAGUUUGUGUAUGAUUCUAUUCAAGAAAACACAGAUUUAAAAAAAAUCGUGGAGCCGAAAAAAGGAAUAAAUCACAUUUAGCUUGUAUUUAUCUUUAUACGAUUGCUUGUUGAUUCAAAUUGUUAAUCAAUUUUCUAGACUUUCAAUCCCACGACUCAUGUAAUGCCUGUGUUUUUUUUGUGAUGAGUGUUCCAUUCUUUCUAACAGUCAGUAUUUUCCAAACGGUUUGCACUGUGGUGUACGAAAAAAAGUCAAAUCUGUGAUCCACGUUUCUAAACUGUAACUCCUUAGGUUUUUUUCUAUGUUGUGUUGACUAGGUGCAUGAAGUUGUGCCGUCACAGUUAAUGUGCCUGUUUGUGCAGUUGAACUUUGAACUUUACAUAAGGUGGGCAAAGUUGUAUUAUUAUCUUGAGGCUUUAAAAAAAAAAGUUCUAAUAUAUUGAAAAUCGUUUGAGAAGUUUAUAUUAACCUGUAAAUGAAAUACCUUAAAUUCCUGUAUAUACUGUUCUUAAAAUAGAGGAGAAAAGAAAUCAUGAACCAAUUCUUUUAUCAUGAUUUUCAUACAGUAUUGGGAUUUUGUCCUUCUAAUUUCUAUCUGCUGCAUCAUAAUUUUUAAACAUACUUAUAAUAUAAGCUAAUAGGCAGUUGCUAAAUCAUUCACAUGUAGCUAUCCAUAAUCAGGGUUUUUUUCUCUUUUAUUUGACAAUUUCAUCUGUUAAUAUACUGAACAUCCAUGCCUACAUUUUAGUCCUGCAACACAUUCCAAAAAAAAUGUCAUCUUCACCACAUUUUUCGUUUCUAAAUCCUCCACAUAUUCUCCUGGUAAGGACAGGUCAAGACUGCAGACAAGCCAGUCCAGUAUCCAUACCUUCUUCUUCCAGAGCUAACUAAGUUAAGUAAAGCUAAGCUAAAUAAACAAAACAGUAAUAAAAAUACGUUCUUUUAAAGUCAAAUAAGUGCUGGGUGUACAUCUACACAUAUUUCUCUCCUAAAAACUGUUUAUGUGGGUGAGUAAAGCACUUUUGUUUAUUUACAGUAAGCUUAGAUUACCAAAUUUCUCCAGCACUAGCAUUAGCGGCUAACUGCUCUAACAGUGCUAGCCAGGGUUAGCAACAGGCUACAGGCAGAUAAUAAUCACCUCUGAACGGGGAAAGAGCGGUUAGCAGCUAAUGCUAAUGCUACUCUAAACUGAAACUCCUGUAUAAUGCUGUACUUCAGUGGAGUGGCUUUACUGCUCCUUACAACCUGAUUGGUAGAAUUUAUACAUAAGGCACAUUAUAGUGCAAAAUAUGGAAUAUUUUUCCUCUUUAGUAACAGAGAUGCUGUGAAGUAUUGUAGAAAAUUGUUAUAUUGUGAUAUUUUGAGGAUCACAGAAUCAUCAAAUCUUUGUUAUCAUGGGCAACAUAUCAUUAUAAUGCCAUAUCAUGAGAUGCCCCAGAAUUUCCACUUCUAGUCUGGAUGGUUUGAUUAUACAUGUUUACAUGAUCUUAUUUUAUUUUAUUUUUUAUUUUUUAGUAGCCCCUAAUUGCCCUAAUCACAAUUUUGCUGGCCUGAAAUGCAGGAAUGGAUGUAUGUUAUUAAAUAAAAUUAAGUUGACCGGACAAACCAUAAAAUAUAAUGGGUUCUUUCUAUCUGUGAUCAAAUAAAAGUACAGUAAAUGUAAGAAACAAUGUAUUUUUUUUAUUUUGGAGGAAUAUAUAAGAAGUUACUGGGACAGUUUUUUAAUCACCUGCUUUUUUACUUCCAGCAGAUGCAGCAGAUAAUUAUUAGCAUAUAUAAAAAAAAACACUGGUGUGGUCUGUUUGGUCACUGUUGCCGAGCUUGACCCGCACCAAUCUUUUUGCGUUUAGCUGUUGCUAGGAACUUUAAUGUCCAUGAUCUCUGUAUAUAAUUAUAGGUUGAAACUAUUAUUAUUAUUAUUAUGGCUCUCCAUGCUUCAUCAGGGAUCUGGGCCUAGCCUUCGACUCCCACUUUUGCACACGUCACUGUUUGCUGUUUGGUAAUUGUUGGUAAUGUCAAACUGAGAAAAAUACACUUUACAAGCAUUUUUUUUACUGACACAGCAGGCUUGCUCUUAUGAUCAUUACAAAGCAUGAGGCCUGUAAAGGUCAUCUAAACCAAUGACAAUUUUUUCAAUAUGCAUCAGCGUCAGGUUGCUUGCUCUACUGUUUGUGUUACAUUUUAAUGUGACUGGAUUUUUGUCUAUAAUAAUGUUUUUUUUUAUGUAAAUCAAGUCUUGAAAUGGAGUGAAUGGUACUGCACUUGCAUUUUGAGUAAUGCUAAUAAAGACUAUGUACAGA